AUGAAGGCUUCCUCCUCUUCUUCGUCAUCAUCCGAAUCGGAAGAAACACUCGAUCAACAAAAGAUUCACGACUUGCUCGGAAGAUGUUUAAAAUUGUUUAAUCGAGUAUAUGAACCUUUUUUAAAACAAGCUUUAAUUGAACAAUAUGGACAAGAAGGUUGGCAAUUAGCCGUUCAACAAUCUUCCAACAAAUUAGAUAUUGAUUUCCCAUCAUCUUCAAAGCCGUUUUCUCUGAGUCGAACAUCUCACGAUGCAACACAAAAUUGGGAUACACAAAAUAUCAUUUCUAUUAUUUUACGACAUUGGAACGAUUUAUUUGCACAAAAUCAAAGAAAUUUAACAAAUGCUGAAAAAUCCUUUUUAUUUGAAGUUCGAACAUGUAGAAAUAAGUGGGCACACCAAAACUUUUUCACGUUACGAGAUACCUACCACUAUGUAGAUGCCAUACAGCGAUUAAUUGAAAUAUUUCCAGAGAAAACUAAAGAAAUUGAAGAAAUUGACAAGAUGAGAAAUUACACUUUACUUUAUUUAGCCAAUGAAGUAAAACGAGCUCAAAAAAAGAAGGAAAAAGAGAAGGAAAAGCUCAAACGAGAGAAAACCUCGCCUCCAAUUGAAACUACUUCUUCAUUACCGAAUAUUAAUAUUUCUACGCAGAAUACUUCUCAACUCAUUUCUCAAGAACCUGUUUACUCCAAUUUCCACGCCUCGUCACUCAAUCAUCUUCUUCAUCCACAAGCACCUGCUGUACAAACGAAACAUUAUUCACCAGAACAACAACAUUUAGUCCUUCAAUUAUCACAAUAUACUGGAUUGACACACCAAUAUGCACUCAUGUGUCUGGAGGAAGCUCAAUGGGUACCACAAACAGCUCUAGAGCUUUUCACAAAGGCCAAAGAACAAGGUUUACUGCCGUCAGAAGCAUUCAUAGCUCAUUCUCACCCUAUGGCUAACCAUAAUAACAUGACUUAUUAG